ACCAUUCGGCUUGCUCCGGGUUUCAUCUACUCGACUAGCAGGGACACGGCCUGCAGCACGACGUCGAUUGAUCGGAGUCGUGCCAAUAUGCCAUGAUGCACAACUUCAAGGUGGUCGUGUAGUUGUGGCGUCGACAUAGUAUUGCUAUUGCUCGAGGUCGCCUAGAUCAUAGCAAGGUCGUCGCUGACCCUGGAGACGUCCACUUGGGGCCCUGAACAGAAUCUCCUGGCAGCGGCGAUGAUUCCUCGUGGCGAGGACCGCGAUAAGUACUUGUUUCUCAUCCUCCGUGGGACCGCCCCCGCCGCACAAUAAAUAAGGCUCAGUUGAAACCCGAAAGAACCACUCAGGAGCACCUUCUUUUCUUGUGUUCUCCUUUUUUUUGUCGGACUUCCGGUCGCCUGCGGAUGCAGGAAGAUGAUACAACACCAAGUUGCGCGCGAGGAGAGACCGGUCGGCAGGAGGAUCCCUCGGGAAGUAAGGACGACGUGGCCCUCAACGUCUACGACUUCUGGAGCACCUUACCCGCUGCGGCGAGCAUCAUGCAGGGAAAUUAUGGAGUUUUUUUCUCGGAAACUCUCUCUUCGUCUUCCUCUGCACAUCGUCUAGGAGCACGAGGAGCCGAACCUCCGCCACGACGAAAGAACGCAUCCGGUUCUAGAAGUACUUGCUGGCCCUCAUACUUUCCGUCAACCUCACGAGAACAGUACAGAAAACAAAUAUUUUUUUUCGGUGAAAAAUAUUGCAAGAGUCGACGUACUAGAGGCGGUGGCCGACGUCGGGUCGUCGACUUGUUCCCUCCGCGCCGCCGGACAGAUGACCUUUUGCAUCAUCAACAUCCGCGAAUAAAGGCUUCUUUGGUUGUUGAGGUUGUGCCGCCGUCCGACCGCCAGCCAGGCCGACGAGUCGGCGCCGACCAUUUCAGGAGUAAAACGUUUCUCCCACCUCGCCCAGCCAAAAGCACCAAAAGGAGGGCCACUGGUACCAACGUGAAGAUGAGCUUGUGCAGCCUGAUGUGCUACUACCUCUUUUCGACGCAACUUCUCGCCGUACUUGCGGUGGUUUGUAGUUGGGUACUUGCCCAGUUCGGUGGACUGGUACUACAAUCGGAAGUAGCAGGACCUGUGGGAACGACCACGACGACCUUGCCAAGUUCGACGACGUCCUGUGGGCAGGAGCUACAGAUGAAGACCAGCAGCCGCAGCAUCUUCCCCAGGCAGAGUAGCAGAUGCAAGCUCUACUACAAGUCCACUACAUCUGUAGUGUCAGAACCGCCGUCGACGUCGCCGUCCCGAGAAUCUAGUCUCUUUGUCUCCGCCUUUUCCCCCACGACUCUUACACAAAGCGCCCGGCGAAACGAGCAAAGCGCCCGGCGGAAAGACAAGAAAGGAAGUAGAACAAGAUCAACAGAAGUCGACCGCUCGAAGUUGUCCUCUUCUUCAUCUGCAGCUAAUAAAGUAAUGAAAAGAACCAGUCGAGCAGCAGCAGGAGCGGAAGCGCAAGCAGGCGAGAAGGUGAAGACGAAGAAGCACCGGGGGCACACGACCACAUCAAGCACAACUUCACUGAGUAAAAAGAAAAUGAGGAGGAAAAGCACGACGAAGCAAAAAGUCAAAAUCGGUGCGGAACAGCAGGAACAGCGUGGAGGUCAACAACAAGAACAUGCGAAGAGCUCCAAGACCGCCGCGUCUUCAUCCGCCGGCAGGAGCGUCGUGUCUGCAACGUCUACUGCAGUGAGCGCGAUGAAUAAAUAUGGAGUUCUCAAAUGUUACAUUCUCAACUGUUACAUGAAUUUGUAAUGCAAGAACGGCAAAAGUGAAAGGGGGAAGAUUGCUCCUUUUGCAUUACAAAUUCCGCACAAAUUUACAUGCUGUUUAGCCCUCCGGGGAUUUGUCAUGCGUAGCCGCUUGAUCAUCUGGCGGCUCCAGGUAGUUUUGCAUGACGAAUCCAUGUAACAGUUGAGAAUGUAACAUUUGAGAGCGCCAUAAUAAAGCAAGAAUCCAUGCAGCCGAGGAAGGCGAGGGCCAAGAACAACAAGAACAACAAGAAGGGAAAUCGACCUCCGAAAUAAAGAAAGAGGAAAGCGCCGCAUCAAGAACUUCUGCGGGCACGUCUGCUGGAGGUGGUGCCCGGCGCUUGCAGUUCCGCGUGGAAAAGACCGCAGCCAAAAGGAGGCAGGCAGCGGAGGAGGCCUGUAAGAUGGAUUACUUUUGCGGUGAGCGGUAUGGACUUGUCAGGAUCGAAAUCGACAAAGUUGAAAACAUUUGCGAUGCAUAAAACUGAUACCCGUUCUUUGAAGCCCAAUUUCGAAGGAGCGCAUGUUGACAAUAAAGUUCGGAAUCACGUAAAUCCAGUCUGUCAUGUUCUCUAGGAAAAGAAGGCAUCUCCAUCUUUUGUCAUGCUACUUAUGCAGCUCUUGCUCUAUCCCAAACCGAAACCCGACACAGGCUUACUUACAGUCGGCUUCACUCGCAAAAAUCCCUGCAAGACAGUCACGUCUUGCCUCUCCUUUUAUGCAGCAUCUCACCGAUUUUUCUUUCAACUUUGUCGAUUGCGAUCCCGACGGUUCCAUAAGCAGAGAGACGAAGAUUGGCUCAAGGCCUCCUUUAUCCUGUGCAAAAGUAUCGUACUCGUACUAAUUGCAAUCAUGCAUGACAAAUCUUGCUUCUUAGCGAAAUCAGCAUUACAAAUUCGAUUUUUCCUUCUGGAGAAAUUUGUAUAGCGAUUUAAUAUACUAGUACGAUACUUUUGCAAUGCAUAUCCUUUUCCGAAAAGUUGCGAAAGAGCUCGGCCGACCUUGCGCAGGCGGAGUGGCGGGCCUCGGAAGACGAAAGGAAGUUAAAAGACGAGGAGGCUCAGGACCGUAAGGCGCAGGAAGAAGGCAGCAAGGAGAAGACGCGGCAGGAGGAGAGCACAGCGCUGGCGCUGAAGUAUGACCUGCAAAAGUAUCGUAUUUUUCGUAUAAAUGCAUUUUUACAUUUACAAAUUUCUUCAGCAUGUUGAGAAAUAAAAUUUGUAAAUGCGGAUUUACGAUAAGGGAAAAGAUUUGCAAUGCAUGAUUGCAAUUACCACGAGUGCGAUACAUUUGCACAGCAUAUGAAGAGCCGGGUGCAGAUGCUCGUCUCUGAGGACGAGAAGAAGAUGCUGGAGACGGCUAUGACCUGGUGAUCACAUGUUACAAUCUCAAACCUAGUUGCAUAUAGAGUCUGGCCUUUGUCUUGCGUAAGUAAUCAGCAUGACAGACACAUAGAGUGUUGGUGUUCCGCUUUUUGCAAUACAAAUUUCAUCGCCAGAUAUUUAUUCAAAUGGGGUUCUUUGGAGCUCCGGAACUUGUCAUGCGCAUCACUCCACCUCCUGUGAGAGUAAUCUAAACCUCCAUGAUGCACUUUCUGCAUCACAAAUUUCUCCGUUUCUAUUCGUAACGCUUGAGUAGAUUGUAAAAACACCUGGAGAGCUUAUAACGGUCGGACAGCGCAAGGCGGAGCUCCAGGCGGCGACCGAGCGAUAUGGCGUUCUCAACUGUUCCAUUCUCAACUGUUACAUGAAAUGCGUGACGCAAGAAUGGCAAAAGUGAAAGGAAGGACCUCGCACGUCUUGCAUGACAGAUUUGGCACAGAUUCUCAGCCUGUUUGACCGUCUGAGAAUUUGCCAUGCGAAGGAGCUUGAUGGCGUCGAUAGCCAAGGUGAUUUCGCAUGACAAAUCAUGCAACAGUUGAGAGCGUAGCAGUUAAGAGCGCCAUAAGCGAGCCACCGCGAUCCGGCAGUGGUCGGAUCACGUGAUAUCAACUGCAAAAAUGUCUGGGUCUGGAAGAAUCCGAACUUGUGAUGCUGCAUUUGGAUUCCAAAAAAAACCUGUAUUGCAUAAGCAGCAAAGGGAAUGCAAUUUUUGCUACGCGGAGAGGGAAUUUGUCAUGCGGAAUAGGCAACAUCGCGAAGCCCUCAAAAAGUCUGUGAUGCUAGAGCAUGCAUCACAGACAUUAUGGCCCACGCAGAACGUGCAUGACAAGUCUCAGAAUCUUCCAGACCCAGACAUUUUUGUAUUUCAUAUGUGACGCUGGUGAGCAAGAUGAAAGAAUCGAAGAAGGAGAUCGCGGUCUUUAAGGCAAAGCUGUUUGCGCACCACAAACGACAGAAGAGGCUGCCGCUCUCGGGCACGGCCACGCAGAGCAGCACUAUCAAAUGUAAAAGUGUCUGGGUCUGGAAGAUUGCGAGAUUUGUCAUGCAGAUUUUCCAUGACCCAUGCGGUCUGGAAUGCAGGGCCGAGCAUGCCAGAGUCUGUGAGGUCUCUGCCAUGCCUAUCCCGCAUGAGAAACUACCUUCCAACUUGGUCGAAAAUGGACAGCUUUUGGCACUCAUGCAACACAGAUUUUUGCAUUAUUCGGACCAGCCAUGCUCCGGCUAACGCCGGAGCGCAAGGCUGUUGUGGCGGGGCAGGACAAUGCGCGGGCUGGACCGCAGCGCCGGAGCUUUGGGCACAGCGCAACUACAGACCGAGGGAGCUACUGGCUCGGUUUUCGCCAUGUCAACCCGCAGGGCCUCCUGCGCGCUUCCCGCGCCUGCAGGGGCUAUGCGCAGAGAGCAGCUGCAGCGAAGCUUGGGGGCGAAGAGAAGCUGACUCGACAUGCAUAGGCGCCGAAGGAAGCAAUACGGGGGCCGCGCUGCCCUUUUUUGAUCACCCACACGCCCCCGCCCUAUUUGCUUCCCGGCGGAAAUCGUUGGCGCGAGAGGGUAGCGCGAGAGGGUCGCGCGAGAGGGUGGCGCGAGAGGGUAGCGCGAGAAGGUAGCGCGAAAGGGUGUGGGCCUGCGCGAUGAAAAGGCCCAAACAACACCGGUCGCGUGCCGGGGGGAUUCGGGUUUUUUUGACCCUCUCGCAGACCCUCUUUUUCACCUCUCCCGAGGAGAGUGUGACGCUGUGCGACCCGCUUUUUUACAGAUUCCGCUCGUGGAAACGCAAUUCCCAGAAAUGCAAACCUGGGAGCGUUAGCUCGUGUUUCGCGGUACUCCAAACCGCGUUUUUGCCAUCUUAAUCGCCCGAUUCCGCUCGGGGAAAGGCACAGCAAAAAAGUUGGGUUAUUUUUUGCUUUUUUUCGCACUUUUCAACUGUUUUCGUGCCUGUUAGCUCCUGUUUCGCGGUACUCCGCGCCGCGUACUUUCCGGCCUACUUGUCGGCCUUUUCGGCCGAUUCCGCUCGGGGAAAGGUGCGGCCCGGCCGGCGCCUUUGCUUGGGACCUCUCCGUCUUGCCGCCGGCGCUUUUUCACGUACGGAAAAUACGUGAGCGAUUCCGUGACUCGGAAAAACGUGGCGGAGUCCGCUCGCGUUUCGCGUUGGCAAGGCCCGCGGGGGCAAAUUCCGUGAAUUGCCGCCGCGGUGGUGGAGUCCGCUCCUGUUUCGCGUUCACUUACUGCCGUUUACGUAAAACGCCCAAAAUUCCGUGAUUCGGAAAAACGUGGCGGAGUCCGCCCGUGAUUCGCGCUGCCAAGGCCUGCGCGGCCAAAUUCAGGGAAGUGCCGCCGCAAGCCUUGGACUCCGCUCCUGUUUCGCGCCCAUUUCGUGCGGUUUCCUUGAAACGUCACGAAUUAAGUGACUCGAAAAAAGGCGGCGGAGUCCGCUCGUGUUUGGUGUCCCGGCUUGUUGUGGAACGCUUUCAAUCCGGGCGGUGUGGUGGCCCGCCGCGUCCGUUGUGUGCCGUCAGCCGGCCGAUGGCUCGCAAAUUUGCCGCCUAAAAGGCUGCCGAUUUUUUUCUAAUAUUGUGGGGCCCACAUUGUUCCGGCUUGUGGCCCUCCUUUUUUCUUUUCGUCGUGGCCCCACGAGUCUGGGGCCCCAAGGGUUCUAGAGGUAGCCCGGGCAAGGGUUUUUUCGUCGGUAGUUUUUGCAGGUUUUGGAAAUUGGGGCGCUGGGGAUUUUUUUUAAUUUUUUUGGCGAAGAUUGCCCGCCCCAGUGUCUGCAGGGCCCGUGGCGCAUCGGGGCCCGGGGUUUCCAAGGUUUGCGCCCCUGCGAUUUUAGUUUUUGCCCCAGAGGGAAACGGCGCGAGUGUUUUCCAUUUGUCUCGGGCCGCAUAUCAAUGGCCCCGGCCCGCCCGGCCGAGGUUUAUGAGGGGCGCAGAGGUGGGGUUGGGGGGGGCUAAUUUGGGGUCUAAUUUCGCGUCUAGUUUGUUUCUAAUUCAAGCAUAGGGAAUGCGAAAGGGUUUGCAAUGAAAAAAAUUAGCCGUGAUUUAGCCAGGAACUUAGGCGCGAAGUUAGUCGCCUGCCUUAGCAUCGACUUAGGCAAGGAAUUAGUCGGGGCAAGAGGUGCCCCGCCCGGUCUGUUUCCGGCUAGGUGGUUGCUGUUGAUCAUUUCGCCGGGUGGUUUCCCGGUUUUUUGUGUGGGCGAAUUGCCGCCCCCCCUAAUCUUGCACAUCGCGCCUGGCCUCCCCUCGGGGUCGCCUCCCUUCUGGGCCGUUUUCUCUCUGGAUGGGAGGAGCCCCAGGGCGCUAGGUAUUUGGCCGCGAAGUUCUUGGCCCCGUUCGUUUUUGGUGUCCCGCCCCCCAUGAUUUUUGCCCGGUGGUCUUCGGGUUGGGUGUUGUCUUUGGCGGCAUUGCCGCCACUUUCUUUCUUUGUUUUCCUUCGCGACAUUAGAAAAAAUAUAGCAAGUUUUAAGCCUCGGAGAAUGCCCGGGGCCGGCUGCCUGAGUGCCGGCUGAAAGCAAGGGAAGCGCGCCACGCCGUGGCGUUUGGGCGCGGAACGCUCCCAAUCUGGGCGGCGUGGUGGUGGUCUUUCGUUGGUUUAGUUGUAAAGAGGCAAAAAGACAAGGAAACGCAGCGCGCCGGGGCGCUUGGGCGCGGAUCUUUGGAGCAGUUUGGUCCAACCGCGGCCGGCGACGUGGUGAAUGUCCCUUCUCCUUCCCCCCCUGCAACGAAGGCCCUCCGAUGCCGUCCCUGAAUCCCUUCCCGUCCCUAAAUCUGCUUCCGUCCCUGAAUCUGCUUCCUGUCCCUGAAUCGCUUCCCGUCCCUGAAUCUGCUUCCGUCCCUGAAUAGCUUCCCGUCCCUGAAUCUGCUUUCGUCCCUGCAUCCCUUUCCGUUCCUGAGUCCCUUCCUGUCCCUGAAUCCCUUGCCAUUCCUGAAUCCCUCCCCCGCCCCUGAAUCCGUCGCGAUUCUGGGCCCCUGUCGCCCCGUGUUAAGCGCUGUUCUUGCGCCCGCCUUCCUUUGUGAUUCCUUCUCGUCUUUUUCCCGCUGUCCAGGUGGCCGCGUACCUGCGGGCCUCGCUGCGGCACGCUUUUAAUCCGGGCGGUGUGGUGAGCACUCCUACCCUCCGAGGGGGUAUCGCGGCAAAAGGAGGCGCAACCGACGGCCAGGCCUCGCGUCGGCACGCUUUGAAUCAGGGCGGUGGGGUGCGGUGAGCGCCCCUGUUGCCCAACGGUAUGCGCCGCGGCAGUAAGAGGCGCCGCAUACCCUUGGGCGUGGGCGUGGCACGCGUAGCGGCGUCGCAAUAGGGCGGCAGGGGCUCCUGCAGCAUGACGCCGGUCCUUGGCGCGGCAUGUUUUGAACCUCAGCGGCGUGGUUGAUCCCCUGCCGUUCUCUUGCCCUCGAGCCAAGGAUUUAGCUCUUUCCCUGCUGCCGUCGCUGAAAGCACCGCGCCCCUGUGUGUUGCCGUCCCUGAAUCCGUCUCCUCUCGUCCUCGGGUCUUUCGUUGCAUCCUGUGGCGGCUGGCUGAGGAACGGAAAGAAAGGGACCCAGGGAGGGAAGGGCAUUCAGGGGCGGCCAUGGAUUCAGGGACGGGAAGGACCGCGAGCCCGCGGCGGCACUGGGCGGAGGAAGGGGAGGAAGUAAGGGCAGGAACCCCACCACGCCGCCCAGAUUGAGAGCGUGCGUUCCGCGCCGGGCCAGGUAGAAAACGGCGGCCCGCUUCGGCGCGGCGCCCCCACAGAAAACACAACUCCACCACGCCGCCCAGGUUGAGAGCGUUCCGCGCCCAAGCCCGGCGGUAUACUGCGCCCCCGGUCGGCGCGCCGCCCCCGCACACGGCACAACUCCACCACGCCGCCCAGAUUGAGAGCGUUCCGCGCCGCGGCAGGUAGAAUACAGCGCUCCGCUUCGGCGCGGCGCCCCCACAGAAAACACAACUCCACCACGCCGCCCAGAUUGAGAGCGUUCCGCGCCCAAGCCCGGCGGUAUACUGCGCCCCCGGUAGGCGCGCCGCCCCCACAGGCAACACAACAAACUCCACCACGCCGCCCAGGUUGAGAGCGUUCCGCGCCGAUAGCAGCCCCUGGAGAAGCGACGCCUCUAGGGGCUCAGGGGGACGGAUUCAGGAACGGAAAGGAAGGGACUCAGGGAGGGAAGGGUAUUCAGGGGCGGCCAGGGAUUCAGGGACGGGAAGGACCUCGAGCCAGCGGCGGCACUGGGCGGAGGAAGGGGAGGAAGUAAGGGCAGGAACUCCACCACGCCGCCCAGAUUGAGAGCGUUCCGCGCCGUGGCAGGUAGAGUACAGCGCUCCGCUUCGGCGCGGCGCCCCCACAGAAAACACAACUCCACCACGCCGCCCAGAUUGAGACCGUUCCGCGCCCAAGCCCGGCGGUAUACUGCGCCCCCGGUAGGCGCGCCGCCCCCGAACACGGCACAACUCCACCACGCCGCCCAGAUUGAGAGCGUUCCGCGCCAUAGGACCGGCAGAAAGCAGCCCCUGGAGAAGCGGUGCCUCUAGGGGCUCAGGGGGACGGAUUCAGGAACGGAAAAGGAUUCGGAGGCGGGGCAACAUCUAGAAACGGGCCGGGAUUCAGGGACGGAAAGGAAGGGACCCAGGGAGAGAAGGGUAUUCCGGGGCGACCAUGGAUUCAGGGACGGGAAGGACCUCGAGCCCGCGGCGGCACUGGGCGGGGGAAGGCGGGAAAAUAAGGGCAGGAACUCCACCACGCCGCCCAGAUUGAGAGCGUUCCGCGCCCAAGCCCGGCGCCCCCCGCACGCGGCACAACCCCACCACCCCGCCCAGAUUGAGAGCGUGCCGCCCCCAAGCCCGGCGGUAUACCGCGCCAGCGGUAGGCGCGGCGGCCCCACACACGGCACAACCCCACCACACCGCCCAGAUUAGGAGCGUUCCGCCCCUAAGCCCGGCGCCCCCCGCACGCGGCACAACUCCACCACCCCGCCCAGAUUGAGACCGUGCUGCAGGCCCGACACGGGGAAAGCAAGACCGGGCCCCCCCUGCGAACGCAACCCAGGAAGACCCGGGCCCCCCGUGCGCGCCUAGCCGGUACCCUCGGAGGACGGACCGGGAACCCCCUUGCGGGCGCAACCGCUUCUCCCCCCGGGAAGACCGGGGCCCCCCUAAGCGAGCACCACCUUCCCCCGAAAAAGACCGGGGCCCCCCCUGCGGGAAUCACCGCCCCCCGAGGAAAAACCGGGGCCCCCCUUGCGGGAACCACCGUCCCCCGAGGAAAAACCGGGGCCCCCCAAGCGAGCACCACCCCCCGGGAAGACCGGGGCCCCCCUCGCGUCCAUUGAGAUUUUUUUCACCUUCUCGCGAAACGCGAGCUGUCUACGAACGCGUUCAAAAAGUUCAAAAAGUUUCGUCCACCGUAGCAUGCGGAUUCGCGAAAGUGGGUCGCACAGCGUCAGGGUCUCCUCCCGAGAGGUGCUGCUAAUAGUCCAGCUAUACUCGCCAGUAGAGGUCUACAGAGGUGGCCGAGAGGUGGCCAGGAGGGUGCGCGAGAGGUUCGCCCUUAUUCGCGCAACCUCUCGGCACCUCUGUCCCCCUCUCGCCUACCCUCUCGGGACUCUCUCGGCCACCUCCGGGCCCCAUAGGCGCGGCUUUAGGGUGAACGGUUCGGCUGGCUAUACCCGCGCCACCUCUCGGCCACCCUCCCGAACGACCUCCCGCGCCACCUCUCCACCUCUGUCGACCUCUUUUUGACCUCUGUUGACCUCUUUUUGACCUCUCGGCCACCUCCCUUCGACCCUCUGUAGACCUCUUUUUUCGCAUGAAUAUAAUAGAUAGUAACUCAGCAUGACAAGUUUAUAAUCUUCCAGACCCAGAGCCAGACAUUUUUACAUUUGAUAAGCACCCUGCCCAUGCAAAAGGGCAGCGGCACCUACUACAUUAUGGGAUUCUCAAACGUUACAUUCUCAACUGUUACAUGGAUUUGCCAUGCAAAAUUGCCAUUGCCCUCCACUUGAUCAAGCUGCUUAGCAUGACAAAUUUUCGAAGGGCUAAGCAGUAUGAUACUCUGUAGAAAAUCUGUGAUGCGAAAGUUGCAACGUUGCCACUUUCACUGUUGCUGUUCUUGCAUAUACAAAUCCAUGUAACAGUUGAGAAUGUAACAUUUGAGAACGCCAUAUACAUUGAUGCCAGCUUUGGCGCCGCCAAGGGGAUCGACGAAAAAACGCAGAUGGCCAAGCCAGAAACCGAUGUUGAGGAGCUGCAGUAUGGGUGGAUUCUCGAACGUUGCACUCAUCUCAACUGUAUACAUGAAUUGUCAUGCAAAACUAGCAACAACAUCCACACGAUCAUGAAGCUGGGGAUCCUUGACCUGUGGCGCAGGGAGCGGGUGUCCACUACGUGAUAAUGAUGAUGAUGUUGAAGCUACUUCGCAUGACAAGUUUCUGAACGGUGAAAGAAGCCGAGUUUGUAAUGUUGCCAGUAGAGGUGCAACAGACCACACUCCGUCCUUUCACUUUUUGCUUAUAAUUCUUGCGUCGCAAAUUCAUGCAUACAGAUGUUGACUGCAAUGCUUGAGAAUCCCAUACACAGCCGGGCUAUUUCUCCAUUAGGGCGGAAAAAUCGGCAAAUCGCAUCAUUUUUGCCAGCGCACUUAUUGGGGGGGUAAAAAAAGUUUUUUUGUUGGGGGCGCAACAUCUUGGAAGCCGACACGCCUCGCAUGUCACUUGAUCUUUUCCACAGGAAACAUGGUAGCUGAGCUUUGGAAAUGUCGCAACACCAAGACCAGAAGCAUGCCACAACUCCUUCGCUCUGUGCGUUGUCGUCCAGAUGGCCGGGCGCUGUGUCGUGGGCCCGCUCUUCGAACAGUGGCCGGGCCGCCUCCGUGACCGGGGCUCGACGAGGCCCGUCGCCCGGAAAAGAAGGCCCGGCAAGGGGGGUGGUCAGGGGGGGGCAUUUUUGCCCCCUUCGGACACCCCUUCCGGGUACCCCCUCCGGGUACCCCCUCCGGGUACCCUUUCGGUAGCCUAUGCCGACCCCCAAAUCCCCAUUGGAAACUGCUGAUUUGGCAGGUCCCAAAAUGGUAGCCCAACGGUAGCCCAAGCGGACCCCCUUACCCCCCCCCUUCGGCACCCCCCCCGGAAGCACUUGAUUGUUGGCGCGUCCGCAUUUUCAACGUCCGGCCGCAGAGGGGAGACGAGAAGAUGUCUGGGCGCGUACGGAAUUGGAUGCGGGAGAGGGGGCGCGGCUUCCCGCGCCGGAGAGCCGCAGGCCUGUGCAACUUCAACAAAGUACUGCGGUUCUAUUGGAAAAAGGGGAGGGUCGGAUGGCGGACCGUGACAACGAAGAGUGGCGCCAGCGGCUACAUGGCCAACAGGAAAAAAAGCAGUGCUGAUACCCCCAACAGCCACAAUUUUUUUGCCCCCCCAAAAAGUGCGCUGUCAAAAAUGAUGCGAUUUGCCGAUUUUUCCGCCCUAACUCCACGGAGUACCCCUACUUGGAUGGGGCCUUGUUCUCGGGAAGUCCGUUUUCUCAGACCAGCAUGCCCCGGGCGUGGUGGCAGCUGGAGCUUCAGUCUUUUCCGAUGAUUGUGGUGGAGGUGAUCCUGGUAUUCCCUGGGAAUUAACCAUCCCCAUGAUCCACUUUAUUUUGCAUGACACGCGCAGAGUUUGAUGCUACAUGUUUUGCAUGACAAACUGGAUGGGGAUCGUUAAUAAUCUUCACGGCAUACCUGGUCACGCUGAGUCCCAAGGCCUGCGGCGUCGCCUCCCUGUUCACAUGGACCGAUCUGAGUGAGUGUCGCAGCGCGGCCGGAGGCGAGAAGAGCGAAACGAUCGCGACAGACCCUCUGGUAUGAAAUCGACAAAAGCAUCGUGCAGCUACUUAGUAGAAAUCGCAUGACAAAUACUUCCCUGAGCAUGAAAAAUGAAAUUUGUAGUGCGGGUAUAGGUUGAGAAGGAGAUUUGUAAUGCAUGAUAACGAUGACUACGAGCACGAUAGUACAACUAUCGCAGUGCAUAUCUGGAAGAUCUUGCGGACGUGGACGUCCCAGACCAGCUAGACGACGCUAUGGAACUCUCAAACGUUACAUUCUCAACUGUUACAGGAUUUGUCAUGCAAAAUGAGCAUCAGCAUCCACAGCACGGCGAAGCUGCUUCGCAUGACAAAUUUUGCAUCAAGGGCUAAACAGCAUAGAAGAAAUCUGUGCCCCCGCAUUUGUGUAAUGCAAGACGUGCUGCAAGCUCCGGCCUUGCUUUUUUCUUUUUGCUGACAUUCUUGCAUUACAAAUUCAUGUAAACUACGGUUGAGAAUGUAACAAUUGGGAAUCCCAUAGACGCCUACCUCGUCGUGGGCGUGAAGACCGACGUCGACUUCGAUGCCCCAGGGAAAGGCGGGGGACCCUGCCAGGCGUUUGCGGCCGGCGGCUGGAAGGCAAACGCGUGUGGCCUCCCGUAUGACAGUGCACAACUCCCCUUCCCCCUCAUUUGUCAUGCAAAAUACCCAAUCCGCCCUGUGCCUCUUGACACUGUUUGCAUGGCAAGUUGUGGUAGCCCAAAUUAUAGCACUAUGUAUACUCCAGUGCAAAUUUGUCAUGCAAAACCGGCAUUCUUGCUAAUGCUUGCGUUGCCGUGCAUGCUAUACAAAUGAGGGGGAGGGGGAGUUGUGCACUGUCAUAUGCCGCACCCGCAAGACAUUCGCGACGACGAGAGCACGCGGACCACGUUUAUUGUGAGGAAAAAUGUCCCCACGCCAUAGUCAAGAUGCGCAAUCUGCAACACAAACCCGGGAGUUUUGGGAGUCACGCAUGACAAGUUCCCCUCUGUAUUGUAGUGCAGUUUCGCAAGGACAGCCGCAUCACAAAGCCAGCUCCUCAUCCUAUUUUCAGCAUCACAAAUUCCAAAACACGACUGGAAAAAAUGGCUCUCAUGGGGAUGCGCAUUUUUACAAGUCUUCCUGUUUUUCUCUUAUUUGCAAGAAAUCAGAAUUACAACUCUUUGGUGGGGACGUUUUUGCUCAGGAUAACGCUCCGAAGCGAAUUUCUCCAGGACACGAACGUGGGAGUAUCAAAUGUAAAAAUGUCUGGGUCUGGAAGAAUGCAAGUUUGUCAUGCUUGUCUGGCAUGACUCCUAAAUCUGUCAUGCACAUUCCCAAAGAGCCCCACUUUUCUGUCAUGCAGAAACGUAGUGUGUCAUGCAGAAUAGGCAACACCUAGAAGCUCAGAGACUUGUCAUGCUGAGCCAGCAAUUGUCGCCUCCUCAUGAUACGCCACACAGCAUCACAAGUUUCCAGACCCAGACAUUUUUACAUUUGAUAGGGAGAGUGGGACAACCAAACAACCUGGAAUAACAACGAGCUCCCGACAAUGAAGGGCAAGUACAUAUGGCGCUCUCAAACGUUACACUCUGAAAUUUAUUUACAUGAAUUUGUGAUGCAAGACUAGCUUGCGAGUUCCGCAGUACAGAGUGUGCCAUGCUGUUUAGCGCUUGCGGCGGCCGGAGGGGCGGGUACUCCUCUACUGGUACUGGUGCCGGAGGGGCGGCCGGAGGGGCGGCCGGAGGGGGAUGGUGCUACUGGUACUGGUUUUGUCUGGUGUCACUUUUGGCAACUGACCACAUAACGCCUGGCUGCGAAUUCAUGCCGCCCUAUUAGGUUCUUGUUAGUGUAACGCUAUUUGCCUUUCUCUCUGCUGUCUCGCACUUAACUAGCUUUCCCGGGGUCGUGGAGCUCGCCACAAUCUCUCUCGCUGUCCUCGAGCGCAGUUUGCUGCCACGUUUAUGGUUCUUGCCAUCUCCACGAAGGGGAGUUUCAAUUUCGGUUGGGGAGGAUUGCCCAUGCUGCUUGGAUUCAUUUGGGUUUGUCCUGAGGAUUUGGCUAGCGUUCCGCUCCUGGAGGGAGCCAGGUUUUGCUUGACGUGGGGGUGGCCGACUACCUCGCAGUCCUCUGCUGUUGUUGUCUGUGCUUGUGGUGGAUAAGGCACUCCCUGUCGGCAGGGUGCUGCCGCCGACACCUCGCCACCGCGUUCCGCGGGGUUUGCUGGACUUGCUUCCCUAGAUGGGGAAAUAGGAGGUUCCGGGAGGGGACUGGUACGUAGCGCGUCUAUACUCAAGGCCGGGAGAUGGUGACGCCUUGCCGCCACAUUGGACUAUGUCUUGCUUACGUAGAGGGCGGCUUCGUCUUUGGCGUUUUCUCUCAGAGCGUGCUAGGAGGGGGGGACGUUUCCGGGCUUCGGGCUUGUUCCGGGGGUUUCUCUUCGGGGCCACGACGUUGUCACUGCGACCUUUGGUUUUAGCUUUCUCUGGCGAGGAGGUGGCGCUCGGUGAUUUUUGACCCGGAUGGUCGGGCCGGCAACUCUUUGCUAUGCGGAGGCUUGUGCUUCCGGGUUCUCCUUCAGACGGUGGUUUUCGCUGGCGCUCUUUUCUUGUCUACUGCGGACUCGGUGCUGGAGAGCAGGGUUUUACUUCCUUGUAUGGGUUUUCGUUUCUUCCCACGCUCCCUCGCUUGUUUCUGUCUUCGCCAUGGGGGCAAGUGGGGCUGGGGCGCUGGCGCGGUUCCCCCCAUUCAACCACCGGUGGUGGGGUUCUGGGGGGUCUUGCCCUGGGGGCCAGGUGGUGGUGGAGUGGGCCGCUCCCCGCUACGGAAGCUGGGCACGGCCUGCUUGACCCAGCCCCAAUAGGCGCGGUCCAAUGGGCCGCUUGGGUGUGUGCUCUGGAUAAUUCUCGGAAGGAACGCAACGAAAUGCAAUACAUGAAUUUGUGAUGCAAAACUAGCUUGCGAGUUCCGCAGUACAGAGUGUGCCAUGCCGUUUAGCGCUUCAAGGUUUUUUUUUCAUGCCAAGUGGCUUGUUGAUCUUGCUGCAUUGGCUGAUCGGUCUUUUGCAUAUAACAGAUCGUGUAUUUUUCGUUGAGAACGUAACGCUUGAGAGCGCCACAGUACAGCGUCUGCGGCUCGAAGCGCGCGGAGUAUGAAAGCCUCAGGUUGAAAAUCCUCAAAGUGGAAAUAAUUUGUGAUGCAAAAAAACGCCUCCAGCUGAAGCGGCAUUUGUAGUCGUCGCAUGACAAAUUUCCCGGGCACUUAAAACGUGUCUGUCAUGCAGGCUGAGGCAAAGAGGUGCCCUUCUGUCGUGCUAAGCAGCACUCCAAUUCUUCAACCUUAGCAGGAUAAUAGUCGGCCUCCAUUGCGUCCUCUGCAAUACAGUCUUUUUUGCGUCGCAUUUCAUGCAUCACAAAUCAUUUCCACUUUGAGGAUUUCCAUUCUGAGGCUUUCAUACGGAGGGGUACUCGAUGCCAGGCCUGGAUAUAAAGAACCAGGACCAUCUGGUCACUAUCAAGUGCAAGUAUGUCUGGGUCUGGAAGAGUGCAACUUGUGAUGCCGUCUUUGGAUUCCAAAAAAAUCUGCAUUGCGUGAGCAGCAAGAGGGGUCCAGUUUUUGCUGCGAAGAGAGGCCAUUUCUCAUGCGGGAUAGGCAUCAAGGCGUCCCCAAAACGUCUGUGAUGGUCCUCGGGCAUGCAUCACAGACAUCAUGGGUCAUGCAAAAUGUGCAUGGCAAACGUUGGAUAUUUCCAGACCAAGACUAACUAUUUGCAGUGGACAGUCACGUGGGCAAAACAGGACGAGGAGAAAAGGGAGGCCGAAGCUAAGGACGAAGUGUACGACGAGCCCUACGAGAAGCUGCUGGAGACGCGAAACCCGGACGAGGCAAAUGGGGGGGACGAGUACUACCGCAUCCGCGUGGACUGCUACGCAGUAUGGAUGUGUCAGAGUUGAAAUCGACAAAGUUGAAAUGAUUUGCCAUGCAUAAAAUGCGACGCAAAGACUGACUCUAUUGCUGAAGGCGCAAGGGAGGCAGAUUCUAGUGCUGGUAAGGGUCAAGAAUUGGGCUGCUUAGUAGCAUGACAGGGAGCAGCCAUCUUGCCCUAAACAGCAUGACAGACUUGCUUCAGAGGCCAGGAAAAUUUGUCAUGCGCCGAUUGGAAACUGUGGGUGUCUAACUGGUAUAGAUUUUACGCAUCACAAAUUAUUUCAACUUUGUUAAUUUCAAUCCUGACAGUUCAUACGCAGCCUUGGGCAAGUACGUCUUCAUCGAGUUGCCGCACGGGAAGACGGAGCGGCAGGUUGUCCGGGAGAACCAAGACACCCUGGUAAAUAUGGAAGCGUCAGGUUUGAAAUCGUCAAAGUUGAAAUGAUUUGCCAUGCAUAAAAUAAAUGCAAGGCAUGAAGUGCCUGUCUUGCCGGGAUGGCAAAGGAGGCUGACAACUGUCAGCCUGUUUAGUGUUUGAAACAGAGCUGCUAAAGUAGCAUGACAAAAGCAGGCGUCUGUACCCAAACAGCAUGACAAAAUGGAAUCCGGUGCUGGGAAAAUUUGUCAUGCGCCGCUUGAAAAUUGGGCUUCCAACUGCCAUCGAUUUCAUGCAUUACAAGUUACCAGCCAUGCUCCGGCUAACGCCGGAGCGCAAGGCUGUUGUGCUGGGGUUUGACUAUUUGCGGAUCGGGCCGCGACACAAAAGCUUUGGGCACAGCGUGACGGACCGAGGAAACUUUGAGCGCCAUUUUGCGCGAGGUCAACUCGCAGGGCCUCCUGCGCGCUUCCCGCGCCUUUAGGCCCUAUGCGCAGGGGGCAGCUGCAGUAAACCUUGCGGGCGAAUAGAUGGCGCCCCGGCGUAGGUGCGUGCCGAAAGAAUCAGACAGAGGCCGGCGCUGCUCUUUGUUCAUCACCACCCCGCGCCUGCCCACCUGAUUCCCCGGGGAAGUAAAACUGUUUGCGCGAGAGGGUGGCGCAAGAGGGUGGCGCGAGAGGGUGCGCGAGAGGGUGGCGCGAGAGGGUUCGGGCUUUUGCAUGAAAGGGCCGCAACAAAAUCAGCCCUGUGCCGGGCGGGUUCGGGUUUUUUUACCCCUCUCGCAGAGCCUCUUUUUCACCUCUUCCGAGAGGUGUUGCUAAUAAUCCGGCUAUACUCACCGGUAGAGGUCUACAAAGGUGGCCGAGAGGUAGCCCAGAGGGUGCGCGAGAGGUCUCCCCUUAUUCGCGCAACCUCCCGGCACCUCUGUCCACCUCUCGCUUGCCCUCUUUUUUACCUCUCGGCCACCUCCGUGCCGCUUAGCGGCCCUAAAGGGUGACCGGUUCGGCGGGCUAUACUCGCGCCCCCUCUCGGCCACCCUCUCGAAUUACCUCCCGCGCCACCUCUCCACCUCUGUCGACCUCUUUUGACCUCUUUUUGACCUCCCUGCCACCUCUCGUUUGCCCUCUCUAAACCAAUACAAAUACUUUCGCAUGAAUAUAAUAGAUAGUAACUUCAUUUCAACUUUGACGAUUUCAAUCCUGACGCUUCCAUAGUAAACCCCGAGAGGAUAGACCUCAUGAGCUCCUCCGGUAGCGUGAACAAAAGUAGCACCGUCAGCUACUUCGGCGCGACCAACGUGGACUAUGAGAGUGCACAACUCGUCCCCCUCCCCGUCAUUUGUAUUGCAUGAACAGCAAUGCAAACAUCAGCACACAUGGAGCCUGUGCAUGACACAGAAAUUCUUCAUGUGCCUCGCGUAGAAGUACUGUUUGGGCACCACCUUCCGGAAUCUGUCACGCAAACAGUGCCACCGGGAACAAGCACUAGAAUCCCGGGUUUGGAAUGACAAAUUAGGCGGAGGGGGAGUGGUGCACUCUCAUAUGGACCUGCCGCGUGUUUUGCAGUUGCGAGAGGUCGUGGUGUACGGAUCGAUCUUAUCCUGUGCGAAAGUAUCGUACUCGACGUAUUGCAAUCAUGCAUUACAAAUCUUAAUCUUGAUCUUAAGCAAAAUCCCCAUUUCAAAUUUUAUUUCUCACGCUGAGGAAAUAAUUUGUGAUGCAUUUAUACGAGUGCGAUGCUUGUUUUGCAAUGCAUAGAACUACGACGUGGCCACCAACGCGACCCGAGAGCAAAUGAUGGCGGACAAGUUUCAAAAUAUCAAAUGUAAAAAUGUCUGGGUCUGGAAGAAUGCAACCUGUGAUGCUGCAUUUGGAUUCCAAAAAAAUCUGUAUUGCAUGAGUACCAAAGGGAGUGCAAUUUUUGCUACGCUGAGAAGGCAUUUGUCAUGCGGAAUAGGCAUCAAGAAGCCUUCAAAAAAUCUGUAUUGCUAGGGUAUGCAUCACAGACAUCAUGGCUCAUGCAAAACGUGCGCGACAAAUCUCGUAUUCUUCCAGACCCAGACACUUUUACAUUUGAUACAAAAUUACACGGACCAAUUCGACGAGGUGUUCCAGACAGUAUGCAUUGCAAAUAUGUUAUCUGGGUCGCGAAAGAUAAGAAUGAGAUUCGGGAUGCUAUUAUAUAAGUAACACCUGUCGAUCAGACUACAAAAACCUGUAGAUAGUGCAGGAGCAGCAAAAGCACUCAGAUUUAUUUUGCCACAUGACGAAGGAGGGCACUUCAUCUCAUGCAGGAUAAGUAGGCAUGAGCAAGUCUUCGCGAAAGCUGCGAACAAGCUAGCGCAUGCAUGAUAGGCAUCUUCGCGGGCCAUGGACAAUUUGGAUGACAAACUCUCCUCCCGAUCUCCCAGCAGACCCAGACAUGUCUGCAAUGCAUAGACAGUAAACGAGGACAAUACUGUCGCACCGCCGGGGCUUUCGGCAGGGGGAGGGGGUGGCGGGACGACUUUGCUGCGCACGGACAUGAGCCUGACAACUUCAACUUCCCGGACGGGCGGCCGCGCGAACAAGAGCAACCUCCGCGCGGGCGAGACAACGCAGGUGAGCGCCGCUCCUGCCGCAUCGAACGGGAGCGUGAUGUAUUUGUGGGACCCCAACGCGCUGACACCGACGCCGCCGGAGAAUAGCACCGGCGUCUACAAUCAGGUAUGGCAUUCUCAAAGAACGUUCUUACAUUCUUAAUUGUUACAUGAAUUUGUCAUGCAAAAACGCUAUCACUCUUCACGCGAUCAAGCCUUUUUCGCAUGACAACAUCUCGACGUGCUAAAUAGCACUAGAUUCCGUCCGAAACCUGUCAUGCAAAAGGCGCAAUCUUCCUCCUUUCACUUUUUCUAUUUUUGCAUUGCAAAUUCGUAUAACAGUAUGAGAAUGUAAAAACAGUUGAGAAUCCCAUAUCAGGUAGGGUCCGCGUGCACCAGCGAAGAGGUCGACCUCGACGCCGAAGGGUGUGGACUGACGGGCUAUGGGGCUCUCAAGCGUUACAUUCUCAACGAACUGUUGCGUUAUUUGUCAUGCAAAAUGACCAUGAGCCACCAGACGACCAAGCUGCUUCGCAUGGCAAAUUCUCGGAGGGCUAAACAGCGUCUAAAUCUGUGCCAAAUCUGUCAUGCAAGACGCACAAGCUCCCCCCUUUCACUCUUGCCAUUCUUGCAUCGCACAUUCAUCUAACAGCUGAGAAUGUAACACUUGAGAUCGCCAUACGGGCCUCGCGGAACUGCAUGUGCUAGAAACUUCCGUGCGUGCCAUCAGCCGGAGCGACGUGGCCACAGACUAUCUGUCGACCCACAAGUAUCAUGGGGGUUUCAGGACCGAAAUCUUCGACAAAGUUGAUGAAAACAUAACUCGUAGUGCAUAAAACAGAUCAUGGCAGCUGGAGUCCCUAUGUAUAACCGGCGCAAGAGAUCAAAUUUCGGUACUAGUACCUAAGACUACGAAAUACACUACUGCAUGCGGUUUGGGGAAUGACAGGGCCCUUUGUCAUGCUGCUUUAGCAGCUCUACCUCCAACCGCAAACAGGCUUACGCUUACCCUCACUUGCGUGCCCUCCAAUGCAGGUACUAGUUUGGGUAUUGCAUUUUAUGCAUUUUAUACAAACUUUAUCGAUUUCGGUCCUGACGCUUCGUUCCAUAGGAGGCCGAUCCACGCCUUCGACCGGAACAAGGGCGGCUUUCCGCACCUUAUCCUGUGCAAAAGUAUCGCACUCGUACUAAUUGCAAUAUAUGCAUGACAAAUAUUGACCUUAACCUAAAACAGCAUGACAAAUUCCAGUUCUCAUGCAGCUGAGGAAUGCAUGUAUACGAGUACGAUACUUUUGCAAUUUAUACACGCAAUCAACCACAAAUACGCCACGCUUUUUGAGGGUAUUCCGACCGAUAUGAAACUGCACACCGUCCCUCCCCCUCGUUUGUAUCUAGAACGGGCGGUCGCUCCGCGCCCGCCGGCCCGGCGACGAGGGGGUGCAAGGGGGAGCGAGGGGAAAAGAGUGUGGCCACCAGUGACCACCGGUAGAUACUGAAACUUUCUUGGCGGGAUAAGCGAAAAAGAGAAACGGCGGCACUCCCGGCCCUCCUCCCUUGGCGAGAGCGAAAGAAGCGCAGGCAGAGUCAAGGCCGCUAGGCGCGAGGGACGGUAUGGGGCACAGAGCGCAGCCACUUUCCAAGCCUCCAAAAACAGGCCCGGCGGAGAGCGUGCGCAGACCUCUCGCGAAGGCUCGGAAGGAUAGCCACGCGAAGCAGGACGAAAAGAGCGCGCCGACGGCCGAAAGACAAGAAAUAGAAACGUGGCCAUCACCAAUAAAAAAAAAAGCACAGCAGGGAGGGCCGCGGCGGAAAGGCAGAGGGGCCGCUAUGUAUGGCUCUUGCUAGAAGCGAGAAAGACCAAAAGAAAAGAGCAAGCAGGCCCAAGUGAAAGCCAACCCACGGCCGGGGACGCGGCAAAAAGCGUUGGAAGCGAAAGAAGAAGGAGGCGGGCCGCAAAGGAACCGAAAGCACGCUGUUCAACAGUCCAAAGCAAGGACGAAACAAAGCAAAAUCAGGCAGCCCCGGCGCGGCCGAAGAGCCCCCCGCUGGCGGCAGUGCGCACGCGACCAAGCCCGGCCUGCAGGGCCACAGGCGGCGGGGAAAGGCGGAAACUGACGCCAGAUCCCUCGCAACAGAGGUGGAAGGGGAAGGGGCGCCAGAAUGCAGAGCGACUUCAGCCUGGGGCAGCCAAACGCGAACCGCCAGGCAUCUAAGCCAGGGCCAAGGGCCCAGACCACGGCAGGCAGGGCCGAAGGCCACCCGGGGGCCGGGCAGCGCGCGUUUCGGUCCCUCCGAGCGAGUUUCCCACUUUGGCGGGUUUUCUCACUAGUGUUUUCGCUUUCCCCAAAAUCGGGCUUUUUGUCACUAGUGGCUCCACUAGUGGGCGCCUUCACUAGUGGCGCCUGUCACUAGUACCGCUCGCGCUUUUUUGUUACGCUAAAAACACUAGCAGGAUUUCUACUAGUAGCCGUUUUUCUGCUAGCACGAUUCUACUAGCAGGAUUCCUACUAGUAGCUUGCAACCCCGCGUCCGCCAGAAUUUUUCCAAUAGUACUGCACACCGUCCCUCCCCCUCGUUUGUAGUAUUGUAGGAACGACAAUACAAAUUAGACAAGGAAAAUCAAGGAAGUUCAUCAAAAAUCGAACACCCCCCGGCCCGGGGCUCCCGGGAAAUAUAGAUGAUGUGUGUGGGCCCCAACCAUUUCGCACUUCCCCCCUGCGGAGCCCGCCCCGCCAUGCGCUGCCGCUGGCAUGUGUGUCGUUUUUAGUUCUCACGCCUGCGCAUGUACGAGCCGAAGCGACCCCAGCAUUGGCUCUGCAGCCCUGCUCCGGUUCAAAAGUAGGCGCCUAUGAAAGAACAGCCCGAAGGCGUUCGAAGGUGGCGCGCGUUUAAAAUCGGCGCUAUUGUGCCGAAAGCGUUCCGGGGUCCCAUUUUUUGUCCUGUCGCAGCGCAGAACGCUCCCACUUUGUCACCUGAAUCUGUUGCGCAACUCGAAGAAUGUAGAGCAGCGACAUUACGUCCACCAGCAGAACCACCCAGAGCCGCAGGAGCAAACGGGCAGCCGCCCAGUCCGUGUCCCCGCCUCGGCCCGGUUGCCGGCAGCGCCGGGCCACAUGCGCUCCCGAAGGCGCUGCCCCCCUGUCGGGGUUCGCCGGUAAGGCCGGCCACGAUACCAGUUGCGCGGGCCGGCGCGAUGCGUUUUGCGCAUGCGGCCUCCGUCCGGUAGCCGAAGACACUCCGAACGCCUCGCCCCUGUUCUGCAAAGUUUUUGGCAGAUGCAAAAGCGCGCGGCCUUGUGCCCGCAUUGGCUGCGAAGACGAGGCGGCCCACCGUUCUUUCUUCCAAAAGCCCGCGGCCGUGGGUGUCUUAGGACGUGCUUGCCCUGGGAAUAUAGCGGGCAUGGGGGCAAUAAAACAAAGAAGGCGAGAAGGGAAAACCGGGAGGAGCUCCUGUCCGAAGGCGAAGCCGGGGGGCCCCUCAGGGGGGUGCUCUAGGGGGGUGCUUUUUUGGGCGCGGAAUUCUCCAGUUUUAGCUGGGGGAAAGGCUUCCCAAGGGGGGUGCUUUUUGGGGGUGCUUUUUUUUGCGAAAAAGGGGGCCCCUUUGGCUGCCCGGCCGGGGCCCCCGGCGGCCGCGGAAGCAGCCCUUUUCGCUUUUGGCCAAAGAGAACGCCGGCGGCCCCGGAGCCACGCCGGGGCGCGCCAGGCUGCUCCCUUCGGACCGGCCGCCGCCCCGGCCGCCAGGCAACGCUUCCGGUCGCAGCGAAGGCGGGCUCAGGGCCGCGCGCUCUUGCAUCUGCCAGAAGCCUUCCAGAACUGGGGCGAGACGUUCGGGGGGCCUCCUGCCAUCGGACGGAGGCCACACAUGCAAAACGCACCGCAUCGGGCCACGCCACUGGUAUCGCGGUCGCCCCUACCGGCGAUUUCCGACAGGGCCGCGGCGCUUUUGGUGACGCUUUUGCCCGGCGCUUCCGAAAGCCGGGCCGGGGCGGGGAAAGAAACGGGCUGGGCGGCUGUUGGUUUGUUCCUGGCGCUUUGGGUGGUUCUGCUGGUGAAUGUGGCGGCGUUGCUCUACAUUAUUCGGGUUGCGCGAGCGAUUCAGGUGGAAAACUGUAAGGGCUCCGCGCUGCGACAGGACAAGAAAUGGGGGCCGGCAACGUUUUCGGAAAAAUGCGACUCAUUGUAAACGCGCACCACCUUCGAACCCCUUGCACUUGUUUUCCCAUAGAUGCGCGCCUUUGAUUCGGAGCAGGGCUGCAGAGCCAAUGCUGGGGUCGCUUCGGCUCGUACAUGCGCAGGCGUGAGAACUAAAAACGACACACAUGCCAGCGGCAGCGCAUGGCGGGGCGGGCUCCGCAGGGGGGAAGUGCGAAAUGGUUGGGGCCCACACACAUCAACUAUAUUCCCCGGGAGCCCCGGGCCGGGGGGUGUUCGAUUUUUGAUGAACUUCCUUGAUUUUCCUUGUCUAAACAAACGUGGGCAACCAAGAAUCCCGGUUUUGCAUGACAACUUUGCACAGGAGUGUAGUCAGUAGUGCUAUUCUUGAUUUGGGCUACCAGAACUUGUCACGCAAACGGUGCCAAGAGCCAAGAGGCAGAGGCACAGCUGCGACAGCCUUCCGCCCACCUCCCGGGAGGGGGAUCCUUGACCUGUGGCGCUGGGUGCGGGUGUCCACUACAUGAUGAUGAUGACAGCCGUUGUUUGGUUUUGGUAUUUCCUAUUCAGCAUGACAAAAGAGGCGGAGGGGGAGUUGAGCGCUCUCAUAACCGAGAAUCCGUGGCUCUACGCCGAGUUCACGCAUUAUGGAAGUGUCAGGAUCGAAAUCGACAAAAUCGAAAAAUUUGUAAUGCAUAAAAUGUAGGACACGUAUGGCCUGUGUUGGGGAGCAGGCAAAUAAGACCGACUGCGAGCCUGUUUACGGGAUGGCAAUGCGCUGCCGAAGCAGCAUGACAGGAGCAGCCUUCUUUGCCCACACAGCAUGACAGGCUGGAUUUUGGUGCUCCCGAAAUUUGUCAUGCGCCACUUGGAAACUGAGGAUCCAACUGGUAUCGGUUUUAUGCGUCACAAAUUAAUCUUUCGAUUUUGUUGAUUUCGAUCCUGACGCUUCCAUACGCACGUUGCCUUCGUGGAGUAUAUCGAUGUGUACCCCCAUCUAUCAAGUGCAAACAUGUCUGGGUCUGGAAGAUUCUGAAACCUGUCACGCACGUUUUGCGUGAGCCAUGACGUCAGUGAUGCAUGCCCUAGCGUCACAGAUUUUCUGACGGCUUCUUGAUGCCUAUUUUUCCGAAUGACAAAUGCCCUCCCCGCAUAGCAAAAAUUACAUUCCGUCUGCUACUCAUGCAAUACAGAUUUUAUAUACAGUCCAAACCUGACAUGACAACUUCUAACCUUCCAGACCCAGACAUAUUUGCAUUUGAUACCAUCACCAGGGUAUGAACUGCAAAAGUAUCGUACUCGCAUAAAUGCAUUACAAAUUUUCUCAGCAUGAGAAAUAAAAUUUGUAAUGCUGAUUUACCUUAAAAGAAAUAUUGGUUAUGCAAGGCUUGCAUUUAUACGAAUACGAUACUUUUGCACAGGAUACAGGGCCAGUUUGCGUUGGUCGCGCCCGCAGUGUAUACGUACCGAACUGA